UGAUUUUUUAACAAGUUUAUUAGAUCCUGAUUGUGGAAUGUGGAUAACUAACUCUCAUUAAUUAAUCUGAAAUAUUAAGAUUUCAGUAAAAUUGAAAGUCUAAACUCAUACAGUACCAGUUUUGUUCUAUUUGUAAAUUAACAAACAUAUUACGUUAAUUUAAAAUAUUAACAUUCGCAAGAAAUACAAUUUUUGUUAAUAUUUUAUUUAAUUAUUAUAAUUUAUGAAGCCUAAAGAUGCAAAGGGGCAAAAAAUGGUUUAAGCCGGUAUUUGAUAUUGAUGAGGAUAAUGCCUGCUCUAAAAAAUUCAAAAGUGAUAAAAUCAAACCUAUAGAGUGUUCUAGUAACAUAGAAGAGAAACCUAUUAAAUGCAGUGGCAAGAUAUUCAAUGGUAACAGUAUAACUUGGUUAAGGAACUUUGAUCCAAUAAAUGUUGAAGACUUAGCAGUCAAUAAUAAAAAAAUUCAAGAGGUUGAAGAAUGGCUACAAAUCUCCUGCUCUAGCAGUCAUAAUAACAGUAAUAUACUUUUGUUGACGGGUCCCGUAGGUUGUGGAAAAACUGCUACCAUUCAUGUUUUGGCUUCUAAACUUUACAUCAAAGUAACAGAGUGGACAACACCUAUUGACAUUGAAUUACCUUCUGAUAAUGGUGCAUAUGAGUUUAAGGAAUCCCAGUCAAAGAGAUUCCUUAAUUUUUUAUUAAAUGCAGCAAACUUUACGUCUCUUCUAGACAAUAAUAAUAAGAAGUUAGUAAUGGUAGAAGACUUUCCGAACAUAUUUUUGAGGACAUCAUCUGAAUUUGCAGGUGUUUUACAGCAAUACAAGGAAAGAGCGAAGUCACCAAUAAUAUUUAUAUGUUCUGAAACUUAUACUGAUAAUAAGGACACUGCAUUAAAUCUGUUUACACAAACAUUUAAGGAGCAAUUCAAUAUAACCCAAAUUAUGUUUAAUAGUGUGUCAGCAACGGGAUUAAGAGCUGCAUUGAAACGAGCAUCUGAAAUUAUAAGUCAACAUUUUGGUUCAACAUAUAAUACUCCAAAUUCUGAUAUAAUAGAGUCUGUCAUUAAUUCAUCAGGAGGAGAUGUUCGCUCAGCUAUUACCAAUUUACACUUUGCAUUAUUAAAAGGGUCUGUAAAUUUAGAAACUAGUAUGAUUUUGAAAGAGGAGGUGAAAAAGUCAAAUAAAAGAAAAAAGAACAGUUCCAGUAAAUUUAUGUCUCUGGGAAAGGAUCAAACCGUGAGCAUUUUACAUGGAGUGGGAAGAGUGUUAAAUCCUAAAGUGAUCAUAUCAAAAGACGGGAGUAAAACGUUAACACAUUUGCCGAAGGACAUUAUAGAACAAUUUUUGAGUCAACCAAGCUCAUUCAUUGCAUUUCUUGAGGAGAACUAUUUACCACAUUUCUCUUGUAUUCAUGAUGUAGAAAAGGCGACUACUGCAUUAAGUGACAGUGACUAUAUGCUGGCUGAAUGGAGGGAGAAAACAUGUCAAGAGUACGGUCUGUACACAGCAGUCUCUGGUUUAAUGUUAGCCAACCUAUCUCCGGUAUCUGCAUGGAAUCCAGUUAGAGGACCAAAGAAUAUGAGAAUACAAUAUCCGUCUCUUGUGGAUUUACCUCAGUUAGAAAAUAAUUUUUUGUAUAAAGGUAAAGUAUUAGUGACUGAUUAUGUAACAUACUGUAGAAUUAUCGGUAACAAUGUGAGUCCACAGGAAAUUGAAGAUUGAGUCAAUAAUUUAUUACAAAUAAAAAGACAUAUGAAAACAA